AGGGAUGUGUUUCUGUGCUGCUGCUGAUCACUUCUUGGAUUGAAAACAUCCAGUGAAGAAGAAGAAGAGGAGGAGGGAUUCAAGCUUCUUGUUUGGUUGCAGCACAAAAAUGCAUUCCUGACUGGACUUGCAUGGAGGAUAAGAUCUUCUCUGAUGAGGGCUGUUUCUGUGGGGACCUCGGGUCGGCUUUGGAGUUUGCAUGAACGAUACGUCUUCUCUCUGCUCCUCUUUCCCUGAAUACUCUGUCCUGUUCAUGAUACAGAUGUUAAUGAUGGGACGGGAGGUUAAAAACAUCAUUUCUGCUGGUUGUUUCUGCAAAGAUCUGCUGCAAAAGUUUCAAAUCUCAGCUCCAGAAUGAUUCCAGAAAUCAUCAAGAGACAAAAAAAUGUCAGAAAUUAAGAACUGAGAGUGAAUGCAUGUGUUUAAAUGUGUGUUUAUGUGUGUGUUUGUGUGUCUCAGGGACCAUCACCAUCCUCAUGUCCUAUGGAGGAGGCUUCAACGGACGCGCUGAGCGUGACCGCCAGUCGCCGUACUAUGACCAGGUCCCCCCGGGCUCCUUACCCCGUGCAGACUCCUUCGACCUGCAGCCGCUGAGGGAGCACCGAGACGCCCCCUUUGUCCGCAGCGCUGACCCCCUACCUCCCCCGCCUCUCCCGGACCAGCCUCCCGUGGGACCCGACUUCGACCCCAGCGGCAGCGAGUCCAACGCCGACCAGGACCUCGACCCGGCGCUCGACAUCAAACCGGUGCACCGCUUCAUCCCGGACUCCUGGAAGAACUUCUUCAGAGGGAGUAACCGCAGCAGCAAUAACAACCCCUGGCCCAUGUCGGACUCCUCGCUCAACAACAACAACAGCACGAGCCAGGGGGUCCGCUGCUCCCCGCCGCAGUCCCCCGUCCCUGGAUCCUACCGGGACCCUUAUGGCGGCUCAGGCGGCAGCUACAACUCCCGUAAAGAGCUUCUGGAGCCACACGACACUCAUGAGUCCGUAUCGGGGCGGACUUACCGCACAGGUCUGACCUACAGCGAGCGCGUGGAGGAGUACCAUCAGCGCUACGACUUCAUGAAGUCGUGGGCGGGGCUGCUGAGGAUUCUGGGCUGCGUGGAGCUCCUCCUGGGGGCCGCCGUGUUCGCCUGCGUGUGCGCGUACAUCCACAAAGACAAUGAGUGGUUCAACAUGUUCGGGUACUCGUCCCCCGGGGGGGCGUACGGAGGAGGGCUGUACGGAGCCGGCACAGGGGGGUCGUACUACACGGGGCCGAAGACGCCGUUUGUGCUGGUGGUGGCGGGUCUGGCCUGGCUGGUGACGGUGAUAAUGUUGGUGCUGGGGAUGACCAUGUACUACAGAACCAUCCUGCUGGACUCCUCCUGGUGGCCGCUGACGGAGUUCACCCUGAACCUGGCACUGGCUGUGCUCUACAUGGCAGCAGGUAUAGUUUACGUCCGGGACACGACCCGCGGAGGCCUCUGCUCCUACCCGGUCUUCAACAACGGCAUCAACGGGGCGUUCUGCAGAACCGAGGCGGGCCAGACCGCCGCCAUCAUAUUCCUGUUCGUCACCUUGGUGGUGUAUCUGAUCGGAGCCAUGGUGUGUCUGAAGCUGUGGAGGCACGAAGCCGCUCGCAGAUACCGGGAGAAGUACGGCGAGGAGAUGCGUCCCUCUGAGAUGAGAGCAGCACGCCAACUGCAGAUGGUUCCAGCUUCAGGUCCUGGACCUGGACCUGGACCCAAAGCUCCAGAGCAGGCCCAGGGCUCCUCAGUGGUCCCCAUCCAGGCUGCUCCGAAAGCAGCUGCACCAAAGGUUCUGCAGGGAACGAUCCCAUCAGGUCACAUCCCCAAACCUGUGAUCCUCCCGGACUACAUCACGAAGUACCCAACCAUCAGGACCCCAGAGGAGCGGGACCAGUACCGAGCCGUGUUCAAUGACCAGUACGCGGAGUACAAAGAGAUCCACGCAGACGUGCAGGCGACGGCAAAGAAGUUCGAGGAGAUGGACGCCAUGAUGCGCAGUCUGCCGCAGAACCCUGCCAGUCAGAUGGAGGUCGACCGCAUAAACCGAAUCCUGCAGGAAUACCAGAGGAAGAAAAACGACCCGACUUACCUGGAGAAGAAGGAGCGCUGCGAGUACCUGAAGAACAAACUGUCUCACAUCAAACAGAAGAUCCAGGAGUACAAUAAAGUGAUGGAGUGGAACGACGGGUACAGCUAAACCUCCACUGGGAAACCACUCACCACUAACUGAGCUCCUGCUGACAGCUGAGCUGCGCUGCGGGUGGAAACGACAUUUCACUGGAGACUGAAACCCAGUCAGGACCACGGGGACCACAACCGGGAUCUCCACAGAGCUCUUCUCUUGAAUCUGCGGUUUAGUUCGUCUGCUUCUGCUUUUUUCAGAAACACUAAGGAGUCUGUUUUUUAUACUUUUAGGUUUUAGGAAACGAGCUCGUCUCUUCCUGGUGCAGAGUUAGAUGAAAAGCUGAUUCACUCUCAUGUUUGAGGGAUUAAACAUCCAGACAGUUAGCUUAGCUUAGCUUAGCUUAGCAUGAUGACUGGGAAUAAGGGGAAGACAGUUUACCUGGUUCUGUUUAAGAGUCAAAGUCGGCCUGAAGCUCACUUAAAGUUUUCAUUUUAAAACAUAGAGCUGUUGCUGUUAUUCGACCCCGUGUUCACACUACUGCAGUGUCUUUAAGACCAGAGACAGACUUUUAAAGGUACAGUCCCCCACACUGUUUUUAUAAUUAGUCAUUUUAUUGAGUUUUUUUAAACAAGAAUAAUGAAGAACAAAGACAAAACAAACGAAAUAGACUACGACAACAUCAGAUUAAAUAAGUAAAUAUGUAAAUAGAUACAACAACAAAAAAUAAUAAUACUAAUAAUAAAUACAAAUAAGUAAAAGAGGUUGGCAGGAAACACUGGGCAUUUACAUUUAUGUUUGUAUUUACAUAUUCAGGGAAAUUACCAGACACUCUUCACAGAGUUGUGUUGCUUCUCGCCCACACUUAAAUUUAAAAACUUGGGAUGCAUUUCAAUUCGUUCUUGCAGAAACGCAGAGCUUUAAAUUUCAGGAAAACAACCAAUUUAAGCUCUUAUAACUCUCUAACUUUGCUACUUAAACAGUCCCAAUCUUAAUUUCCUGCCAUGUUGACUAGCUUAGCGUUUUUUUGUCCUCUUAUUAGCAGUUUUUCACUUUCUUGUGUGUCCAAAUUAAGACAUUUUGGGGCUUUAGCUGCAUCCAUGUUGUCCAAAAAACAAUCAGACGAUAAAAAUGUCACUUCCUAAAUAAUGCACAUGACUUUUUCUGCUUCUAUCAUUUGUAAUAUAGUUUAUUUUAUCAGUUCUGAGCACCUGAACACAACACUUCACCUCGUUAGCAUCCAUGUUGUUACCACGUGACCACUAAAAGCUCAGGAACAAAGCAGAGUUGGGAACAAACCUUUGAAAUGAGGGAAUGGGAGCCUUCAAGAGCACUUUUUCACCAGUUGGUUGUAUUUUAUGCAACAAAUAAAAACCCUAGAAGCUUACUCAUGAUGUCUUCUUCUAGUCUUCUGAAUCAAUAAGACAUAACAUGAUGAUGAGUGAGCGUUAGAGGUGUAAGAAGGCGACUUUGUGAGCGAGGUGAGCUGUUUUCUGUCUUCAUGCUAAGCUAGGAUAACUAACUCCUGGUUGUUGCUACUUUGACUGCACAUAAAGAAGGAUGACACUCCUCCAUGUACUCCUGUUGUGCAAAAGUGAAGCCAAAAUACCCUCGGAGGAAGCACUGACAUCUUGCAAAGGGAUGCCAUUUGAAGCAGAGUCUGUGCAGUCUUCCUUGAGCCUGAUUGGUCCACAGAGCUGCCAUUCAUGGUGGUGAACUUCCUUUUAUAGCACUACAUAUUUAAUUAAAACUACAAGUAACACUUGGAUAUAAAUCAUCAUGAUAAGAGUGAACUGUAAAGUCAGAAACUUCAUGUGAUGUGAUUUAAUUUUAAAGUUCUCCCAUCUGUUAACAUGGAGGAGGCAGGACUUAUGACCUAUAUUACAUCCAGCCACCAGGGGGAGCUCUAAAUGUUUUGGUUUCACUUUCAGGAGAUGUCAUCCAUCUUUUAAAGCGUCUAUUGUAGCUAUGAGAGUGAUAUUCAUUUCAUCCACACCAGGAAGUGCGUUCCCCUUUUUUUUUUAAAUGGUCUAAAUAUUCAAAUAAGUGUAAACGCUGUAAACGUGUGAAACUGUGACUCUGCUUUAUUUCACUAACUGGUAUCUGAUGUGAAUGUUUGCCUGAACCCACUGGGAGAUGUUAAGUCAGAGGAGAUGCUGCAUCAUUUCUGCCACUCUUUACCUCCAACAUCAUCUCCAGAUUAACAGAUUAACUCUCUGUCAGGUUGUUUUUGUUUGACGUCUGCUUAAAUUUCAAUUUUCUGAAAUGGAAACCACGACUCGUCUGAUAAAUCUCACCGUUCUCUGGUUUCUUGACCUGCUGUGACGAUUGUUUGGAUUGAUUUAAUUGUUUUAAUUGAUUUAAUUGCACAUUAUUAUCUUUUUUAUGCGUGUCCUGUCGUAGAGUUUAUAUGUGUGUGUGUGUGUGUGUGUGUGUAAGCUGUAACACUUCGUUCUACCAUUUCAUGGAUUAAAGAUUUUGUAUUUUACAGACACUUAAAUGUUCUUUAAAUAUCUGCUUCUUCUCUUUAAACCACUAAACACGCUGGACCUCGAGGUUGAAUGUAAACUAAGCCCCCUCUUUAUAACUUCAUCAUGUGUGAUUGUAAAUAUUUUGCUGUAUGUCCACAUUCCUUCAUAAUUUAAGUGAUGAUUGGUGCUUUUUAUCUGCAGGAUACAGUUU